GAAGCUUCCACGCCUUUUUUUUUAAGAAAUAUAGCAUUUGAGGGAACAGCAAAAUACUCGGUUUUGUUAUCUUUCUGUUUUAGAACAAGAAGAGUGGGCCAAGCGACACUCCCCUGAACUUCUUGCAGCGCCGGUGGUAUGUGUUUGCUGCUCGGACCCACCGCGGUUGGGAAGACGCUAAUGCUAAAGCGGUUACAAAAGCUUCAUGUACGGAACGAGGCGCCCGAAUCAGGAGAAGCUCCGCCUACAUUACCGACUGUGGGCACCAACCUGACUGACCUGACGCUGAAGAAGGGGAAGGUGACUGUCAGGGAGGUGGGGGGCUGCAUGGGACCCAUUUGGCCCAGUUACUAUGGCGACUGUUCCUCUGUAAUCUUCAUGGUGGAUUCCGCCAAUAUUAGCCAGGUGUCGUCUUCCUGCAUCCAGCUCCUCUCCGUCCUUUCUGCUGCGCCACUGAGAGGUGCCUCGGUCCUCGUGAUCUUCAACAAGACUGACCUGCCCUGCCCCAUGACCCUUAUGGAGAUGAAGUCACUGUUCAGGAUGGAUGACAUCAUGGCCUCAGCUACUCAGCCAAUCACGGUACUGGAAGCGAGCGCUCGCACUGGGCAAGGCCUGCAUAAGGUGCUCAACUGGUUGGACUCUACUCUAAAAGAGUGAUUUCACCAUUUCACAACAAAAUGAAUUGUGUGUACUACAGUGCCUUGUGACAAAGCUGGCAAGUUGUGACAAUCGCUUCAUUUGGCAGUUUGGUCUUGUCACAAUUUUGAAUGACUCUGGAAUGACUGUCCUCUUAUAAAUCUGUGUUUCACCAAGCAGCUCAUAUUUGCACUGCUCUAUGAGACCCACAUUUAAUUACCACACAUGACCCGAAGACGGUCCAAGUGUACAGUGUACCAAGGGAGUCCAGUUCACUUCUUUUUCUUAAAGUAAAAUAAAAGUCGAUUAAAAAGCUAUAUAUAGCUAGAACUGACCACUAGGAGGCAGUCAUGAGAAGGAUAGAUCUGAUGGAAAGAUGACAAAAAUGCAUGGUGGGUUGGAUCACCAUGUGCUGACAGGCAGUGACUAGCUGUCAGUGACUAACUUUCCACUGAACUAAAUCAAGUCAGAGUGACAACACACAUUCCACAUUCUGCAGGGCUCAGUCUGCUUUCCCCUACCGCUCCAUCAGGCUGAUUUUUAUGUCGAAAGAAAUGUGUUUAUGCAUGCAUGCGUGCAUGAGGGCCAAAGAUGAAAUAUUGUAUUUUCAGGAUUAUGGUAAAGUAAUGGAAUCAAAAGCAAAACUUUGCAGGCCAGCGACACGAAUGUCAUUCCAUCAGUACUUGUUAUUUUGUACAAAAUAAAUCCCUCACACUGUUAAAACA